CGCCGCCUGCUGCUCUCCGACUAGCCGUUGCGCCGCCCAUUCCUCCCCUCCCCUCUGCUCCAGCCAGCCACUCACUUUCAUCAACACGGGGACAGAGAGAGGCAUUGCAUUGAUCGCCGCCCUCGCUCCUCUCCUCUUCUCCACCUAAACAAACACCGCUCCCCUGCUUCCAUUUCCAAUCCAAAUCCACCACCAUGCGCCGCAGCAGGCCCCUCCUCCUCCUCCUCCUCCUCCUCGCUCCGCCGGCCACCGCCAAAGCAGCCCACCACCCCGCCGGCGACGGCGUCGUCAUCUCCCAGGCCGACUACCAGGGCCUCCAGGCCAUCCGCCACGACCUCGCCGACCCCUACGGCUUCCUCCGCUCCUGGAACGACUCCGGCCUCACCGCAUGCUCCGGCGCCUGGGCCGGCAUCAAGUGCGUCCUGGGCAGCGUCGUCGCCAUCACGCUCCCCUGGCGGGGACUCGGGGGCACGCUCUCCCAGCGCGGCCUCGGCCAGCUCACCCGACUCCGCAGGCUCAGCCUCCACGACAACGCCAUCGCGGGACCCAUCCCCGCCUCGCUCGGCUUCCUCCCCGACCUCCGCGGAGUCUACCUCUUCAACAACCGCUUCUCCGGCGCCGUCCCCGCAUCCAUCGGCGGAUGCCUCGCGCUCCAGUCGUUCGACGCCAGCAACAACCGCCUCAUCGGCGCCAUCCCGCCCGCCGUCGCCAACUCCACCAAGCUCAUCCGUCUCAACCUCAGCCGCAACGCAUUGUCCGAUGAGAUCCCCGCCGAGGUCGUAGCCUCCGCCUCGCUCCUCGUCCUCGACCUCUCCUACAACAACCUCUCAGGACCCAUCCCCGACGCAUUCGCGCCCUCCACCAAGUCGCCUUCCAAGCUCCUCAACAAGGAGUCCAUCACCGGGACCUACCAGCUCGUCUUCCUCAGCCUCGCGCACAACUCCCUCGACGGGCCCAUUCCGGAGUCGCUCGCAAAGCUCACCAAGCUCCAGGACCUCGACCUCUCCGGGAACAACCUCAACGGCACCAUCCCCGCCGAGCUCGGCAACCUCACCGCCACGCUCCACUCCUUCAACGUCUCCUACAACAACCUCUCCGGCGCGGUGCCGCCCUCGCUCGCCCGGAAGUUCCGGGAGCCCGCCUUCACCGGGAACAUCCUCCUCUGCGGCUACUCUGCUUCCACGCCCUGCCCGGCCUCCCCAUCCCCGGCGCCGUCCGCGCCGGCCUCACCCGCCGAGGAGUCCCGCGGCCGCCGCAAGUUCAGCACCAAGGAGCUCACUCUCAUCAUUGCCGGGAUCGUCGUCGGCGUCCUCAUCCUGCUGCUCCUCUGCUGCCUCCUGCUCUGCUUCCUCACACGGAAGAGGUCUUCUUCCGGCACCGCAGCAGGAGCAAGGAGCGGGAAGCAGCAGGCGGCAAAGGACGCCGCUGGCGCCGGCGCCGCGGCGGCCGGACGGGGCGAGAAGCCAGGCUCCGGCGCGGCGGAGGUCGAGUCCGGCGGCGACGUGGGCGGCAAGCUGGUGCACUUCGACGGGCCGCUCGCCUUCACGGCGGACGACCUGCUGUGCGCCACCGCGGAAAUCAUGGGGAAGAGCACCUACGGCACGGUGUACAAGGCCACGCUCGAGGACGGCAGCCUGGUGGCCGUCAAGCGCCUCAGGGAGAAGAUCACCAAGGGCCACAAGGAUUUCGAGGCCGAGGCGGCGGUGCUCGGCAGGAUCCGCCACCCCAACCUGCUAGCGCUCAGGGCAUACUACCUGGGGCCAAAGGGGGAGAAGCUGCUCGUCUUCGAUUACAUGCCCAAGGGAAGCCUCACCUCAUUCUUGCACGCUCGCGCUCCGAACACGCCGGUGGACUGGGCGACGCGGAUGACAAUCGCCAAGGGCACAGCCCGUGGCGUGGCCUACCUCCACGACGACAUGAGCAUCGUGCACGGCAAUCUGACCGCCAGCAACGUCCUCCUCGACGAGCAAUGCAACCCCAAGAUCUCCGACUUCGGGCUGUCCCGUCUGAUGACGACGGCGGCGAACUCGAACGUGCUGGCUGCGGCGGGCGCCCUGGGGUACCGCGCGCCGGAGCUGUCGAAGCUGAAGAAGGCGAACGCGAAGACGGACGUGUACAGCCUGGGCGUGAUCAUCCUGGAGCUGCUGACGGGCAAGACCCCCGCCGAGAGCACCAACGGCAUGGACCUGCCGCAGUGGGUGGCGUCCAUCGUGAAGGAGGAGUGGACCAGCGAGGUGUUCGACCUGGAGCUGAUGCGCGACGCCGCGGCGGGGCCCGUCGGGGACGAGCUGAUGGACACGCUGAAGCUGGCGCUGCACUGCGUGGACCCGGCGCCGUCGGUGCGGCCCGAGGCCCGGGAGGUGCUGCGGCAGCUCGAGCAGAUCAGGCCGGGGUCGGAUGGCGGCGCCGGGCCGAGCGAGGAAGGUGCUGGCGCGCAUGUGCCGGCGGCACCCGCAGGAGACGAUGAGUAGCGCCGCAUGCACCACCAGUUGUAAUGUUAGAUAUAUCUAGGAAUUCUUUGAUUCGUUUGAUCGCGAAGUAUUACUUCUACUUCUACCACUGGCGUUGCUAGGUAAUUUUCAGUUUGUAUAGGCAGAUAUUAUUUUUGCACACUAGAAUCAAAUGGCUGCAAGUAUGUAGCAGCCUAGGAACAAGGAUGGAAAAGAGGAGAAAUACUACCACUAGUAUAAUAAUGCAUUUUUCUAUUUGAGUUA